AUGUCGUCGCGUCGCACUCGAGCCCAUCCCAGCCCCAGUGGGUUCCGUCAACUCGAGGAUCAGCCUCGCAAGAGGACUACUCGUGCCAGGACACAGAAGACCAUCAAGACCAUCGCCGAUUCUGCUCAAGCUGCCGUCGAUGCUCCUGCCGCGUCUGCCUCUGCCUCUGCUUCUGCUCGUCCCCUCUCCCCUCCCACUGGUACUUCGCGAUCGCAAUCAGAGAACGAACAUGACGUCGAGUCUGACCCUCAGGCUGUGCCCGAGUCUCGAUCGACCUCACCUCCCUCCCCCAUCCACGCCCAACCUUCCACCUCGCGCACCCGUACCAUCUCGCCACCCUCCUUCAAACCCUUCACCCUCAACAACUUAAACAAAGUCGCUAAGCGCACAUCACCAAUUGGUGCCGCUCGGAGCCGCAACCAGUUGAAUAAUAAGAAUGCUUCCACUACCUCGCCAGGCCGGAAGCCAACUUCGACCAAAGCUCCAGUGCACAGUGUACUGGGUAAGCACAGUCGAGUUGAAGCGUCAUCAUCUACCCACCAAAGUGUUGAUGACUUUGAUAUUGAGGAGUUGUCUCGUCCUGCUAAGCGGACUCGAAAUGAUAUGAACAUUGAACCAGACUACCAUUAUCGAUCGGAUUCGUCGGUUGAUAUGGAUGCACUUGAAGACGUAACCGGAAACCCGAUCUCGGAUCGCGAACAUCAGAAGAAGAUGAAGGAGAUCCGUGCCAUGGAGCACCGAAGGGAACUUCUUCGAGAAAAAAAGCGUAUGGCUAAAGAAGAAAAAGCUUCUUAUCUUAUUAUCCCAGAAAAUUCAACUGAGAAGAGACUCGAGCUAAAGAGAAAUGACAUUAUAGACGCGACGCGCUGUCUAGCCAAAUGGGCAGAGCGCGACCCCUCCAACCCAGUACCAAAUGCGCAGCAGUUGGAGGCACUUCUAGAGGCAUUCAAGACCCAGGAGUUGGCAAAGGCUGCCGCAACUCAGGCUACUGGUGAGGUUCCAACCACCGCAGGAGUUGUCCACGAGGAUACUUCCACACACCAUCGCGACGGGGCUGAACAGCCAGACCAACCAUCUGCUCCUAUGGAUGCUGAGGCGGACAUCAGCGAGACAGAAACCGAGAUCGAGGAACCUGAAUUCCCAGGCCCGCCCAAGACUCCGGAGCCGAAAGAAUCUCGUCUCUGGAGCACUGUGUCAAGAGUAAAGGACAUAGUCACUACCCCUUUCAAUUUCACCUUCAUGGGUCGUCGAGGCGAAAGUACCAUCGACGCAACCCCGAUCGCUAAUCACCCUUCAGAAAGCCCCACCAAGUUGGCAUAUGAUCAGCUACCUGCAAUUCCUGAAUCUCUUACUCGUACCCCGGCACGAAUUCGCAGACGCCGUGCUCCGGUUACUGAUAAGCCGGCAGAAAAAAUGCAAUUUACCUCUGGCGUAAGGGUUCGCGACAUUACUAGUCAACGUGCCCCAGCUGCGACACCCACCCAUCGAAAUCCGUGGGCCCCACGAGCUCAGACAGAGCGCAAGAAACGACCUUAUCGCGCAUAUCUGGACAAGAAGCCUCCAACUGUUACCCCGGUUCAUCUUGCUGGUGUGAUCACCCAGGAGAGAAUCAAGGAGAUUCAGGAUCGACAGGAUCGGGAAGCUGAGGAUCGCCUCGCAAAGGCUCGGCAGGAGUCUAGACGAGCACGUGUCGAAGAUGAAGAAGUCUCUCUUGCUAGAGAGCAUAUCAUUAACAAUGAAACCCUUUCACAGGCAGGGCAGGAGACCGGGAAGAAGCGAAAGCGCAGAUCUGUUCGCACCCCCCCAGAAAACGCUCCUGGAGUGUUUACUGUUCCGUAUGAGAGUAGCUCCGAGGAAGGAGACUCUGAAAGCGAAAAUGACACGUUGAUGGAUACUGCCGGCAUUGUUCCGACACCCCUCCCCGUUCCGCAAUUGCCUCAGAUUCCCAUCUCCCCUACUCCGGUACCGAGACAUGUACGCAGAAAAAAGGCACCGGCAAAAGAAAAGCCAGUGGAACCAAAGAGAAGUUUGAAUUUAUUCAAAUGGGAUGAGAAUUCGCCAACCACAGCUGAAAUCACCCGAAUGCUUUGCCCCCCGGAGUCACCACCUACAACACUCCCAUCAGAGGAUGUGCUCCCGGUGUCACCUGAUUAUACACUCCCAUCAGAGGAGUCCAUCCCUGUGUCGAAUGAUAUUACUAUCCCAUCAGAGCAGUCACUCCCAGUGUCAAACGAUAGUACACUCCCGUCAGAGGAGCCCCUCUCUAUGUCGAACGAUAUUACAAUCCCGUCCGAGGAGGCAUUAAAUAUUGCAGUCCCAGAGGAACUGCAGCAGUUGUCAUACGACACUGCACAACAGACGACCGAGUGGCAACAGACGCCACCUGCGAAGCCGCGGCCCAGCAACGCCCAGCUUCCUCCUGCCCCCCAACCGUCGGCGUUGGCCUUGGCCAACGCCAAAAAGUACCAGCCGAAGCAUCCGAGUAAGCUGCGGAACAUGACGAAGAUGUCUCCCCUACAUGGGGAGACAUCUGGGAAGGAGAAUGCGGGUGUGGGCGAGGGUGAAGGGGCGCGGCCCUUCACCUUCGAUAAUUUUACCGCGGGGGUGGAGAAGGCGGUCGAAAGACUGCCAGAAGAUUUCUGGGUGUUCCCAGAGUGA